UUUGUCAAAACAUAUUGUAAUGUUCUGUUUCUCUUCAGGUGUAUUUUCGUCCAGCGGGAACGUGAAAGCCAGGCUACUGACAAAAAUUUUAAUAGAGGCAACAAUUCUAUGUGAGCAAGUUGGCCUCUACUUGGAUUACAUUUGCUGUGACGGUGCACCCUGGAGCAGAUCCAUGUGGAACAUCCUUGAAAUACGCGCCACCCUAAAUGACAUUCAGUGCACAGUUGUUCAUCCAUGCGACAAACACAGAUUUUUGUACAUUAUUUUGGAUUUCCCUCAUCUUAUGAAAUGUGUGAGAAACACAAUGAUGAAUCACGGCUUCAACACCCACAGCGGACGGGCUCACUGGGAGCAUGUGUCAACCAUGUGGAAGCUUGACAACAGUGCCAUCACCUUGAAAGUGACACCAAAGCUGGCUCGAUCGCAUAUCUUCCCAAAUGGAUUUGAGAAAAUAUGUCUCAGCUUCUGUAGCCUGGUGAAGAGUCCCAAGGGCGGCAACGCGGCUGACGGAGUGGUGGAGUCUGUUUGGUCCGUAGAAGAAAUGCUGCAUAAAACGGAAGAUGGCAAAGAAGACAACGAAAGACUUCCAUCUGAUGCACUAGAAGUGUCGAUAGAUCAUGCAUCGUACACUGCUGAGCGAAGUGACUCCCGCCUUGUAUAUUAUGUCGCAGGCUACGUUGCGAGAAAGCGUACACUUAGCAAUAAUUGUGAUUAG